UCUUCCACGAAAUUCGCCAUAUUGAAAUAUUGAGGUCUGCUUUGUAACCCAUACGAUGGCGGCGGUUUUUCGCUUUUCAAGGCAACUUCCACAGACAACAGGAUCACUUAUGGCCACCUGCAUAAGAAACCUGGGCAUGGCAUCUGUCUUGAUGGCAAAAGCGGACAAGAACACAGAUCCCAUACAGAAAUUGUUCGCGGAGAAGUUGCAAGAGUACAAGAAGAAAAGCGCAGCCGCUGGGGACGAAUUGGUUGAUUUUACACCCGAGAAGAAAGCUAAAAUGGAGGUAGAGAUGGAUCAGAUACGAAACCGAUUUGGCGAAGGAGAUCUGGAGAAGUUUCCCAAGUUUGACUUCGAAAAAGCCAGCGCAUGAGACAGGAAUCUGUACUUUGAUUAUGUAUUGAACUGAAGGCAACAGGAAGAUAUUUGAUUGUGCCUCUUGUUCUGUGUGUUAUUUGUAAGAAAACCGGGCUCUUUUCAAUCACUGUAAUUCUCUAAAUUAAACUGACGUUUCAAAUAGUGUUGAUUUAAUUGAUUAUUUUGCUCUGUUAAUAAGUAUGAAUAAGCUGUGGGAAAGAUCCGAGCAAAAGUUUGCUUUCUAAUUACUCCAUUAUAUAUCUAACAAACAAAAUCCAUGUCACUGUGCAUCUGUUCAAUAACUGAUCACAAAUGACAUCAAAAUGUGAUAAGAAAAAAUAAUGGAGCACAUGAGGGGUAGCCAAGUGUGUUACUGAUGCUCUUAACACAUUUUGUACAGAUCCAUGGCAACAUGGAAUGUAUUUGUCUUCAAUGAUAAAAACAUAAAAUGUGUUGACUUGA